UUUCUUACCCCUCAAACAUCAUUAAUUGACAAAAUGACAGAAUGAAUCGAAACGCAAAUUUUUUGUGAAAAAUUAAUAUAAUAUGGCUACAUACAUUAUCAUGUGACUUAACCUGAGUAAAAAAAUUUAAUAAGAUAUAUUUCUAUGAUAUGCCAGGGCCGGAUAUAAGAGCCGAUGACAAUGUUCAUGGCGAGAUGUCUACUGAGCCCACGGCAACCGUCCACAGUGGCGUUGAGGCUAAAACAGAUAGAAAAUUAACCGUGCUUGAAACACAUGGCUACAUUUUAGGAAGGACCAUAGGUUCUGGGUCAUAUGCAACAGUUAAGGUAGCAACUAGCGAACGACACAAUUGUCAAGUAGCAAUAAAAAUAAUAAGCAAGUUUCAAGCCCCUGGCGACUAUCUCAAGAAGUUCCUUCCCAGAGAAAUAGAAGUUGUUAAAGGACUCAAACAUGAAAACUUAAUACGUUUCCUACAAGCAAUAGAAACUACUCACAGAGUAUACAUAGUAAUGGAGUACGCAGAGAAUGGCAGUCUGUUAGAUAUAAUACGGAAAGACCAGCAUAUUGACGAGCAACGCGGAAGACGGUGGUUCAAACAACUAGUGGAAGCUGUCGAUUACUGCCACGAAAGGGGAGUCGUACAUCGAGACAUAAAAUGUGAAAAUCUGCUUAUGGACCACGGUCUCAACAUCAAGCUGUCAGAUUUCGGAUUCGCUAGAGGUCACAUGAAACCCAAAAAUGGCGUUUAUGCGCUGAGUGAAACAUUUUGCGGGAGCUAUGCGUACGCUUCUCCCGAAAUUCUGAAAGGCGUUCCAUAUAGGCCACAGGAUUCUGAUAUUUGGAGUAUGGGAGUGGUGUUGUACGCUAUAGUUUACGGUCGAUUGCCCUUUGACGACACGAAUUACACACAACUCUUAAAGCAAGUCCAAAACAAGGUGUCCUUCCCUCGCGAACCGAAAGUGUCAACUGAAUGUCGAAAGCUUAUAACGAAAAUUUUGGCUCCAUUGAAGUUGCGCUCAAAAAUUCCACAAAUUCUAGCUGACCCGUGGCUUAGCCCUUCCGCCCCAACUAAAGAUGAAGAACUAGACACUAACCCUGAUAAUGCUCAAGCAAGCAAAGAGGAAAUAAAAAGUGUAAACAUUGGAACCGUAACGUUUGAUAGAAAAUUGGAGGAAGUUAAGUAAACCAAACAACGAACAACAUGAAAUUAUUGUAAAAAUAAACGUAACUGUAUAAUAAAAUAUUAUGAGAACGCUU